AUGCGCCAUAUGGCGGACGUGCAGCUGAAGUCACUGCUCAAGGGUGUGGAAGCAGAGCGCGGGGCGAUGGUGGCGUGCCGCGACCCGUCCGCGCUGGAAAUAAUAAUGAGGGUCGGCAACUCAAACGCCAACCGAGGAAGCGUGUCUGUUAUUUUUCAAAACACCAGCGCGGCCUCGUCACUGACGGCGCAGAUGCUGUUCAUCAACGAGAAGUACGCGAAGUCGGUGGAGGAAGAGGUGCAGUUGUGGCUGGACCCCUUCAAGACACCUACCGCAGCAGCGACCGUCGGCAGUGAGCGCAAACGCACCCGCGCCGACUCCGACAGCGAUGAUUUCGAGAGCGAGAACGACUCUGACGCGUAG